ACAUAAAAGUCAUAAAAAAUGUUAAUGAAAUUGUUUAAAUUACUAAUCACCAAUAAAGCUUGAUUCUUUAUUCCUGAGAUUUGUCCGACUUGUUUUUAAACUGUUUAAGUCUAGCUAACAAGUAAGUAGAUUACUAUCCUUCACUAUUUAAAGACAAAACAAAUCUUCUGCUUUUUCAGUUCUCAUCUAGAUCUAUCUUUCGUCAAGAUCAGAAUGACUUUAUUUGUAGUUUUUUUGUUUGUUACCUUUCCAAUUAUUUCAAAUGGACUCCAGUUUUCAAAGUCACAAACAACUAUUCACUGUGGUCGCGAUACUAUCCCAGGACAAGUGCCAUUCUACGCUUCAAUAGAUGUAGAUGGUGCACCCAGAAGUUUCUUAAAGUGUAGUGGUGUUUUGAUUGCAAAUCGAUGGGUCUUGACUGCGGCCUAUUGUACAUUCAAUUUUUUUAAACCCAUACGAGUUGUUUUAGGUGACGAAUGGAACAACAAAACAAUUGAAGUUGAAAAAAGUUACGUCCAUCCGGAUUUUAAGCGCCGAACAGAAGAAAACGAUAUCGCUCUUUUAUUAUUGAAAGAACCAGUUCAGUUCAGUAGGAAUAUCCAACCAAUCUGUUUACCAGAGCCUGGAGAAGAUGAAACUUUCUAUGGUCGCCAUGGAACAGUUGCUGGUUGGGGAAAACUAGAUUCUCAAAAGAGAGAAUUACCUACAAAUAUGCAAAUAACCAGUUUGCCGAUCAUUAGAGAAGAUAAUUGUUGGGAAUCAUACAUAAAAGCUGGGUUCGAGAAAAGAAACAACGUUGAGCCGUUUAUGUGUGCUGGUUACUCCAAGGAUCUAAAAGAUGUAUGUUUUUCUGGACCUGGCAAUCCGUUUAUGGUCAACGUUAAAAAACAUUGGGUACUUGCUGGGAUUGCGAUGAAUAACAUACACUGUGAGAGGCCGGUUUUACCCGAGGUUUAUCUUAAUGUAGCAAGUUACUUGGAUUGGAUUAAAAGAACAGUUUACUAGUUAUUAAAGUUCAUACCUUUAAUUUUGUUAAAAUUAAGUAAAAAAAUAGUUGAAAUGUAUUAUAUUUUGAAAAGAUUAUAAUUUUCGCCUUUUUCUAUCCAAUAA